UGGCUCAAGGUAGCUCAAUACAAAUUCACAUUUUUUCCGGAACCGAUGGGAUGCAAUCACGGCAAGCAGGCAACACCUGUAGAGGUGAUUCCAGGUGACACGGUGCAGAAAAGACCUGGCAGCACGGCUCAGCAGAAAGGAUUUUGGACCAAAUCGAAGGCUGACGCGCUUCAGGAAGCGGUGGAUGUUGUCUUUAAUAAGGCUGGAGAGUCUCUGCUGGGUAUGACCUUCUCGUUCACCAUCGCGGAUCCGAGAUUGAAAGGCUGUCCAUUGAUUGGAUGUUCCUCAGGGUUUGGCAGCCUAUGUGGCUACACCAUGGACGACAUUGUUGGAAGGAACUGUCGAUUUCUGGUCGAUCCCGUGCCUCGAGAGAAGAUCGAUCCCAAAAUGCGAAAGCAUGCCAAGGAUUUUUGCGAAGCCAUUGCGGUUGGCAAACAAUUCAGGAUUCCAGAGAACGAACGAGAAGACUGGAUGCCAAUUGGAAGAGCUGGUGAUGAGCUCUUCUGCUUUCAGGUCAACGCCAGAAAGGACGGCAGUCUGUUCAACAACAUGUUCUACCUCAAGGUGAUUGAGCUCAGUGCUACGCUGGGAGAAGAACUGCCAUACAUUGUUGGCUUGCAAACAGAGCUACCAUUGGGGAAGGCAGAUCUUGCUCAGCUGGCGAAAAAUACCAAGGUCCUUGACCACAACAUGAAUAAGGCGAGGUGCUCUGGCCCAAAUCUUUUUUGUGUCAACCUCCAUGACACGCGAUGAUGCCGGUGUGGAACUGGACGAUGGCUAUGAAGACAUGUUCCAGACAUGAACCAUUGAACCACUUCGAAUUGCGACUUUGCAAGAGCAGGUUGACACGGGUUCAGCGACGUGCCUUGAAUGGACGUUGAUAGAUCAUUGAAUUUUCAUGAAUCUCAUGGAUCAGAUUGCGGCUGGAUGUCCUUGGCCUCUGCUUUUUUGGAGGAUUAUAUGAUCUAGCAAUGUCCAUACUGUACAACUGUUCCUGGGACGCACAGAAAGCACCGCAGUUGUGCCAUUUCUGUCGGCCCAGUUAGUCGGCGCAGUAGAUAUGCAUCCUAUUUUCCUAUUGGUGCUCCAAGAACUUAAGUCUUUGCUUA